GAGUACAAGGUUGCUGCUAGUUACAUAACCCGUCUCACUGUAGUGUAGUCUAUAGAUAACAUCGCUGUCGGUGGGAAGAGUUGAAGUAGAGUGAAAUUCGAACGGAAGUAAGAAUUACAUUAUAUAAGUUUUGCAUUGUGUUGGAUAUAUGCAUAUCGUUUAUUUUUUUAUUAUAAAACGUAUUAAUAAGUUUCUUCAAUAAUCCCCAAGAAAACCAAGAACAAUAAACAUGCAUCGUGUUCGGACAGUGUUGAACAAUUUGGUUCCUCUGGCACCAUUGAUUCAUAAUGCGGCAGGACCAGAACGUUUUGCGUCAUGGCUUCUGAGGUCUGGCAAAACAUCUUACACAGUGUUGGUGUCAAUUACAAGGCAUUAUAAUGCUCCUGUUCAAACAGAACCAUUUUUGAACGGUAGCUCAUCUGCAUACGUUGAAGAAAUGUACAAUGCUUGGCUGGCAGAUCCUAAAAGUGUGCAUGUGUCAUGGGACUCAUUCUUUCGCAACAGUUCAGCUGGUGCAGCCCCUGGUCAGGCGUAUCAACCUCCUCCCUCCCUAGCAGCUCCUGGUCGCAAUCAGGUUCCUGUAACAAGUAUAGCACCAUACCUUGGGGGCUCAGCAGCACCUGCACUUGGUGGUCAGAUAAAUGAGAAGAUCAUUGAUGAUCACCUUGCAGUGCAGGCCAUUAUACGAUCAUACCAGAUCCGAGGUCAUCACAUUGCCAAGCUGGACCCUUUGGGAAUUUCAAGUGCAGAUUUGGAUGACAAACACCCUCCAGAAUUGCUCUAUAGCCACUAUUCCUUUGGCAAGAGACCAAGUACGACAUAUUCACAACACCUGCAGCAGAAAGUGGCCUCCAUGAUGGAACAUGAGGCCGAUAUGGACAGGGUAUUCAAACUGCCAUCUACAACAUUCAUUGGUGGUAAAGAGAAAGCGCUGUCACUGCGUGAGAUCUUACGGAGACUUGAGACAGCCUAUUGUCGCCACAUUGGAUGCGAGUUCAUGUUCAUCAACUCGCUUGAACAGUGCAACUGGAUCAGACAGAAGCUGGAAAGCCCUGGAAUUAUGGAGAUGGAUAAUGAUGAAAAGCGGCUGAUUCUUGCUCGUCUCACAAGAGCCACUGGGUUUGAAAGCUUCCUUGCCAAGAAGUGGUCAAGUGAGAAGAGAUUUGGGCUUGAAGGUUGCGAGAUUCUUAUCCCAGCCAUGAAACAGGUGAUUGACAAGUCAACAGAACUUGGAGUGGAGUCCAUUGUAAUGGGUAUGCCUCAUCGUGGCCGUCUUAAUGUGCUGGCCAAUGUGUGCCGUAAACCUUUGGAGCAGAUCUUCACACAGUUUGCAGCAUUGGAAGCUGCUGAUGAUGGAUCAGGUGAUGUGAAGUACCAUCUGGGAACGUACAUUGAACGUUUGAACCGUGUGACUAAUAAGAACAUUCGGCUGGCUGUUGUUGCCAACCCCUCACAUCUUGAAGCAGCGGAUCCAGUUGUCCAGGGAAAAACACGAGCAGAACAGUUCUACCGAGGAGAUGGUGAAGGCAAGAAGGUAAUGUCUCUUCUUCUGCAUGGUGAUGCAGCUUUUUGUGGGCAAGGAAUUGUUUAUGAAACUUUCCAUUUGUCUGAUCUCCCUGACUACACAACACAUGGAACUGUUCAUAUCGUUGUUAACAACCAGAUUGGAUUCACUACUGACCCAAGACAUUCAAGAUCAUCUCCAUAUUGUACUGAUGUGGCUCGUGUAGUGAAUGCUCCAAUAUUCCAUGUAAAUUCUGAUGAUCCUGAAUCUGUGAUGCAUGUAUGUAAAAUUGCUGCUGAAUGGAGGGCUGCUUUCCACAAAGAUGUUGUGAUUGACAUUGUGUGCUACCGACGUAAUGGCCACAAUGAAAUUGAUGAACCUAUGUUCACUCAGCCCUUGAUGUACCGAAAGAUAAAGCACACAUCACCUGUUCUGGACAAAUAUUCUGAAAGACUGAUCCAAGAAGGAGUUGUUACACCAGAAGAGGUCAAGGAUGUGAAAGACAAGUAUGAGAAGAUAUGUGAGGAGUCGUAUGUCAAUGCUCACAAAGAGACUCACAUCAAGUACAAAGAUUGGCUUGACUCUCCAUGGUCAGGCUUUUUUGAGGGCAAGGAUCCUCUGAAAGUAUCACCAACUGGGGUUAAAGAGGACACUCUUGUGCACAUCGGCAAGAGAAUGUCUUCUCCACCACCGAAUGCUGCAGAAUUUAUUAUUCAUAAGGGUAUUGAACGUAUCCUUAAGUCUCGUAUGGAAAUGGUGGAAGCACGCAUUGUAGAUUGGGCUCUUGGUGAAGCAAUGGCAUUUGGCUCCCUGCUGAAAGAAGGAAUACAUGUUCGCUUAAGUGGUCAGGAUGUUGAAAGAGGGACCUUCAGCCAUCGCCACCAUGUUCUCCACCAUCAGACAGUGGACAAGGCUACAUACAAACCUCUGUGCCACAUGUAUCCUGAUCAGGGUCCAUACACUGUAUGCAAUAGCUCAUUGUCAGAGUUUGGAGUUGUGGGUUUUGAGCUUGGAUACUCUAUGACCAAUCCCAAUGCUCUGGUGUGCUGGGAAGCACAGUUUGGAGAUUUCAACAAUACUGCACAGUGUAUCAUUGAUCAGUUCAUUUCAUCUGGCCAAGCCAAAUGGGUACGACAGUCUGGUCUCGUGAUGCUUCUGCCUCAUGCUUUGGAAGGCAUGGGGCCUGAACAUUCUAGUGCUAGGUUGGAGAGAUUCUUGCAAAUGUCGUCUGAUGAUCCUGAUUACUUUCCACCAGAAAGUGAAGAAUUUGCUGUUCGGCAGCUGCAUGACAUCAACUGGAUUGUUGCCAACUGUUCGACACCAGCAAACUAUUUUCACAUCUUGCGGCGACAGAUUGCUCUCCCAUUCCGCAAGCCUCUGAUCCUCAUGACACCAAAAUCCCUGCUGAGACAUCCAGAAGCGAGGUCUAGUUUUGACUUGAUGACAGAAAAUACAGAAUUUUUGAGGGUGAUUCCAGAGGAAGGACCAGCAACUGAAAACCCAAGUGCUGUGAAGAAGUUGGUAUAUUGCUCAGGCAAAGUGUACUAUGACUUGAAGAAGGCUCGUAAUGAGAAGAACCUUGAAAAAGAUAUUGCCAUUGCAAGAGUAGAACAGAUCUCUCCUUUCCCAUAUGACUUGGUUAAGAAGGAGUGUGCAAAGUAUCCAAAUGCUGCUUUGUGCUGGGCCCAGGAGGAGGCCAAGAAUCAGGGUGCCUGGACUUACGUGCAGCCUCGCUUCAACACCACUCUUAAUGGAGCCUCUGGUGUCAGACCCCGGAGACAUCGAGAAAACAGUGAGGGGUUUUUUGGGAAGUUUUUUGGCUGGCAUUCUGGUCUUACUGAAAAUGCCACCUCCCAACUUCAUCCUCCUACCUCUACACCUAGAGUUAUUAGUUAUGCUGGACGACCGACUGCUGCCUCUCCUGCUACUGGCAGUAAGAUGCAACACUUGCGAGAGCUAACAGCCCUUUUGGAUGAUGCUAUGGCUGUCUAAGAAAAAACUGUAAUUGUUGUGGCAGAUUGAUGGUGUGGAUAUACAGUAUUCUGCUGGUCAGAUAAUCUUGAUAUUGUAGUGCUGUAGUGGCUGUCUGAACAAACUGCUGCUGUAGUCUUACUGUAUUCUGUAAUUGCAUUACAUGUAUCAGCAUCAUAAUGGGAUAGGAAAACUGUGCUAAUCACCCACUACAGCACAUACCUAAUACUUUAAACAGAUGAUAAUGAAAGGUUUUUGACAAAGGUGUGUCAUUGAACUAAUGCAUAUAUUUGGACAUGUUCUAUGUUAAUUUAAAAAAAAACAUUGUUUCAGAACUAGGCUCUGCUUCCAUUAUCUAGUAAAACCAUACAGUCUUAUGAGUAUGGUCCGUUGGAUUGAGAGUAGCUCUUUCCAGAUUAGGUUCUGUAGUUUCACUUGAUGGAAGCAGAUCCAGUUUCUGAAAAACUUUAUUUUUUAAAUAAUAGCUAAAGGAAACUAUCCAAGCAUAUGGAUCAGCUCAGAUUUGUUAUGUGCUGUGAUAUGUAGCCUGAGUUGGUAAAUACUGUCUGUUUUACCAUCUUUUACAAUUUGAGUUUUGUUAUACUGCUUAGAAUUGAGGAAAACACUCUUUGAAGAUUGUGAUAGUCUUCUUAUGUUGCAAGUAAAAACAUAUUUUAUUGUCUGGUACCUCUGAAUGUCCUUUGUCUUAUUUAGAAUUGUUUACAUACAAGCAGGCUUUAUGAUGCUGUAUGAAGAUGCAGAUAAUUUAUUUGCCCACAUCAUGUGUGAUAUUGGCAUUAUGAAUGUAGUGUUGCAGUAUAGAAAUGUAAAUGUUAUAAUUGCAUGAAAUAUCCAGAAUUUAAUGGUAUCUGUGUAUUAUUUAAUAUUUAAACAAGUUGUAUCAUGGUUUCCACUUCACCACUAUCAUAACGUAGGAAAAUUCAGGUUGCAUAUUGUAACACAUUUAAUCAAACCAACUUGCACAGUGUUCUGUGACACCAGUGAUGCUGAUUCUUUCUCAGUACUGAUCAUAUUCUUAAAUCACAUACUGUUUAUCAGGUUUAUCACAAAUGGUAGUGUAAUGUUAUGUAAAGACAUGUUAUAACAUUUAGGCUAAUUUAAUUUUACUCUGUUAAGAUAUUAAUGAAAGAGGUACCUUUUAUUUUUGUGUGUUUUUAAGGCUCUGUACAUUAUUUACACUGUGAAAUACUUAUUUGUAAUUAAUGUACAUACUACCGAAGUGCUUAAAGACAACUUCAUACUCUUAAAUUACACAUUAGUGGGAAUGUUAAAAAUAGAUUUACCUUCCAAUAUGAAAAUUUAAAUAAGUACCCUGUUAAAUGCAAAUAUAAUGGUGAAGUUGAAUAGUUUUACCUUAAAAUUAUGCAAUAUCACAUUUAAAUGAGGUUAGUGUCUAUAUUACUUUACUAAAUUGUUUCUCAUAUACAUUUCAUGAGUGAUAAAGAAUUCUUCAGCUGUCAAGUCUGAUAAAAUUAUUGUUAUUACAGAUAUAGAUGUAAAAACAUUAUUUUAAUUAACAGGUUGGCCAGAUUGGUUAAAAUAUCAGGUUUGAGACGUGAUGUACACUAAAUAUCAAAUCUGCACACAUUAUCAGAAUUAGGAUGUUGGAGGUUGAUUGUGAGAUUACAAGAUCAUGAGUUAUUUAUUUUCACAGGUAAUGUUGUGUGAUUGUGUUUGUUAAUAUGUUGAGAAAGAAAUUGUGCAGAUGAAAAUUCGAUUUAUGAAUAAAAGUAAUGAGUUUGCUUU